AUGCAUUUUUCUAAUAUUUCCAUAACAGCUCCCCCUGUUGACCCCUGCUACAACUACAAUGUCCUUGACGAUCCAUGGAGAUCCACCAACAAUCAACAUUCCUCUCAAAUAAUGUGUGACACUUGGGUCAGCUGGAAUGGCUGGUACCGUCUCUUCAUUCAGGGUCAGAGCGUUCAGAUGCCAGACACAUGUGUUGAGGAGUAUAGUUGUGGCACUCAUGCUCCACUGUGGCUGGAUGGAGGACAUCCAACAGUUGAGGAUGGAGUGGUCACUCGAGAUGUCUGCGGUCACUGGAACAAUGACUGCUGUGCUUUUCUGUCCAAUCCCAUUAAAGUCAAAGCCUGUCCAGAAGAUUAUUAUGUCUAUGAGUUUGUGAGUCCAACUACCUGCAGUUUGGCAUACUGUGCAGAUGCAAGGAACAUGAACACUACCUCUACAACUGUAAUGCCAGAGACAACCACAGAAACUACAGCAGAAACCACAACAACUGGUAAUAGAAAUCCCUGCUCUGAACUCAGCUGCUCUGAGGAUGAAAGAUGUGGGAUGAAAAAUGGUGUUUAUGGCUGUUUGUGUGAAAAGAACCAUCACAGACAACGACAACGUCAUGACUCUUUUGAUUUCUCAGAAACCUGUGAAAGCAGCUCUGGCUCCAUGUCUGUGUCUCGCUGUCAGCUCUUUGAGGCUGGUUUUCCAGCUGAUGUCUUACACCUCAAUGAUCCCAGCUGCAAAGGAAUGGUCCGAAAUGGAAAAGUGGAAUUCCAUUUUGAUAACGAUGAACUCAUCUGUGGUACAAAUCUUGUGGCCAACGGCACCCAUUUCAUCUACAGUAACUUUAUUCUGGGGACACCGAGGUCAGAAGGUCUCAUCAGCAGAGAGAAAAUCCUUAAGCUUUCGUUCAGCUGUGUUUAUCCUCAAACACAAUCACUUUCCAUGAAUGCGGAAAUCAACCCACUGGAGAGCAUUGUGCACAAGACGCUCCCCGCUGGUGAAGGCAGAUAUCAGGUUCGGAUGAUUCCAUAUGAGGAUGAUGAGUUUACCCGGCCCUUCACUGGUAAAGUGGAUGCAGAGCUCGACCAGAAGAUGAAUGUGGAAGUUCGUGUUGAAGGGGUUGACAGCCGCCAGUUUGCCUCAGUUAUGGACACGUGUUGGGCUACACCUGUGAAUGAUCCUGAUUACAGUCUCCGCUGGGAUCUCAUCGUCACAGAGUAA